CAGAGAUGGCGGCUUUGACUGCAGUGCCUGCUGCUGGUGGGUUCCCUCACCACCCCCCAACUCGCUUCCACCGCAUCCAUGGGACCAAUGUCUGUGUCGACCCCUCGCGCACCCAGGCUACCCGAGUGGAGAGCUUUGCCAACGGUCUCUGCUUCAGCCAGGAGCCUCUGGAACCUGGGCAGAUCUUCCUGGUGGAGAUUGAGGAGAAGGAGCUGGGCUGGUGCGGCCACCUGCGGGUGGGUCUGACGGCCCAUGACCCUGUGAGCCUGGAGGCAGUGCCGGAGUACUCCUUGCCGGACCUGGUCAACAUGGGGGACAGCUGGGUGUUCGCCAUCACCCGCAACCACAACCGAGUCACCCCAGUUGGCACCGAGGACCAGUCGAAUGCUGGCCUGCGAGGCUUCCUCUCCAGCCCUUACCUCUGCAUCGAGACCGUCAGGAUCCCCCGGGACAAAUUGGUGGGACGGAGCAGGCCUGGCCGCUACAGCCACAUCCUGGAUGACUUGUACAAGACCAAUGUGCUCCCCGCCACGGCCCGGAAGAGUCGGAUUGGGGUGCUCUACACGGUUCAGCAGGACGGGACCGCCGACAUGCACAUCGUCAUCAAUGGCGAGGACAUGGGCCCCAGCGCCAGGGGACUCCCGGCCUCUCGCCCGCUCUACGCUGUGGUCGAUAUUUUUGCUUCCACCAAGAGCGUCCGGGUCAUCCAGGUGGAAUAUGGCUUCCCUUCCUUGCAGACCCUUUGCCGGCUGGCCAUCCAGAAGCACAUUGUCCACCGCUUGGCCAUUGAUGGGCUGGACCUUCCUCCGUUGCUGAAGAACUUCUGCAAGUAUGAGUGAAGAGACCGACGUGGUGGGGCUUGGUCCAUUUGGGGAAUACUGUACAUAUGAACCAGCAAACAAGGGAGAAGCCAAGCUCCAAGUCUUGUGCACCGAGGACCCUGUGCAGUAAGUGGGCAGCAAUCUAUGCUAUGAGCCCUGGCCCUGUCAUGCAAGAGGAUUCUGAGAUGGCAGGAGGCCUCUAAGCCAAGGAGGAGUUUAAUCUUCACGUGGCAGAAGGUCCCUGAUGUUUUAAGAGCAGGGAGCAUCAAAGUGGAACCACUGGGUCAACAGACUACGUGUUGUUAUUUUCCAGUAGCUCAAAGGAAGCAACCCAUGAUAGAGAAAGGGUUGGGGUGGGGAAAGGCACACUGUAAAUAUGAGAGCUCAAUAAA